UGAAAGUUUGUAGGUUUGAUGUGUGCUGCACGCACGCGCAGGUCGAUCCAGUACCCACAGAAAUGGGCACCCUCUUGUGUUGAGAAGGCUACCACAGGAGGAAGAACAACAAUACUCUCAGACAAAUCGAAACCCUAGAAAGAGUCUUCGUGCAGUGUAAUUUCUUCCAAAUCCCGAAAUGCUCCCAUUCCCGAAAUCUCUUCCUUUUUCCCUUCUCCGGCGUUCUUUCGCCUCCCGAUCCUUCGUUCUCGGCUCUGGGCUUCAGCGCCGUUACCGCUUUCGCUCCCUUCCCCACGCGCCCCGGUUCCCUCCUCCCACGGUUCGACGCCGCCCUCCUCCAAUCCCCGCAUCGAUCCCUCCCGGCGCCUUCUCCCACCUCGGCGGCCAGUUCCGGUGCGUCUCCGGCGGCGCCGCCUCCGCAGCCGCUGCCGCCCGGGAUCGGAGCUCACGGAACAUUCUCAUGUACCUCCUCGCCGUGGUCACCGCCAUGGUGGGCGCCUCCUACGCCGCCGUCCCACUCUACCGCCGUUUCUGCCAGGCCACUGGUUACGGCGGCACCGUUCAGCGCCGAGAGAGUGUGGAGGAGAAGAUCGCCCGGCAUGCUCGCGAAGGGACCACCACUUCAAGGGAGAUUGUUGUUCAAUUCAACGCAGAUGUUGCUGAUGGGAUGCCAUGGAAAUUCACUCCUACACAAAGAGAGGUAAGGGUUAAACCAGGUGAAAGUGCACUUGCAUUUUACACUGCAGAAAAUCGCAGCUCAACUCCAAUAACUGGUGUUUCUACAUAUAAUGUAACACCAAUGAAGGCUGCUGUUUACUUCAAUAAAAUACAGUGUUUCUGCUUUGAGGAGCAGCGGCUCCUUCCAGGCGAGCAGAUUGACAUGCCGGUUUUUUUCUAUAUCGACCCCGAAUUUGAGACAGAUCCAAAGAUGGUUGGCAUAAACAACCUAAUCCUGUCAUACACCUUUUUCAAAGUUAAUGAGGACCAGUCAUAGUGGCGCAGGCUUUGCUUACAACCAGCAUUUGGCAUUGGUCUCUCAAAUUGGUGAAUCUAUUUCAGCAAAAUUUUAAACUAUUGUCGUGUCAUUUGUUAUGGAUUUCUUUUAGUUUUGUUUUAUAAUCAUUUUGUAUUUCCUAUUUGUCAGACAGGUUCUACAGUGCUUUUUAGGAUUAGGAAUCAGAUUUGGAGGUAUAUGGGCACUUGUUGGUAGACUGGUCCAAUGAAAACAAUGCCAAAUAAUUAUAGCUUGACAAAAAAUUGUACUCGUUGUCAGAGUAGUCAAAUUUUAGUGAGAUAUGAUGCUAGAAGAGCUAGUGUCAUACAGUUGUUCGACUUGGAUAAUUUGGUUGCAUUCAGGGGAUGCUUAAUUCUAGUUUUGGUAG